AAAGUUUGGAGGCUUGUUAAAGUAGACUUACUAAAUAAUUUGUGUUGUUUAAUCCACUCAGUCAAUAUUACAUUUGAACUACUAAUUAAAAUCUGUGUUUCUUGAAACUAUGGCCGUCCCUACAUCGGUUUCCCUGGUUCUGGCCUCGGUAACGGCCGUCCUAAUUUUUUCCGCCAUGCAAAUGUAUCGACCGCUGAUUGCAUCUUCUCAACUGGCGACAAUUUUCGGUGGAUAUCUCGGAUCUUGGUUGUUCAUUCUGUCGCUUACCGCGGUGUCCAAUCUAGAGGCGGUGGUUUUGGGUAAAGGCUUCCAGGCCAAACUAUUCCCGGAGGUGGCAUUUUGCCUAAUUGGAUCUCUAAUCGCCUGCGGAAUGGUCCAUCGAGUGUGCGCUACCACUUGCAUUCUGUUCUCUGUCGCAGCAUUAUACUAUAUUAAUAAAAUAUCCCAAAAGGUACACAAUGCUCCCGUUCCCGUAGACACGUAUGCCGGUAAGAAGAAAAAGAAAUAAAGAGAGUUUAAUUUGAACAAAGCUUAGCGAGUAGCGAAGCUAUAAAUAAAACCUAAAAUAUCGUACUCAAUGAAAUAAACUAAUAGGAUAUCCAGGAAUAGAGUAAUUUAAUGCAUAAUAAAAUCUCGUGUUUAGCAUUACAUUAUUAAAUCGUGUAAAUGUAGAAAUACGGAUUUGCAU